AUGGAAUCAGGAGCCCAGAAGGAUGGAACUUCGGUCCACUCGAAAUCCGCGUCGGAGUCGAUCACUGAAGAAGCGGAGAAGAGUCUCCAGUUCACGGAGUAUGAGCAUUCGCUUGGAUUCUGGGAUGCGAUGGGUCUGUACUGGCCGGCUGUGGUGUGGUCAAUGUUCAUCAACCUGGCCACUAUUCUCAAAGGCAUGGACGGCGGCAUUGUCGGCUCCUUAGUCGGUCUCGAGCCAUUCAAAAGAACUUUUGGCUAUGAAUACAAAGGAAACUACGUCGUGCCAGCGCGUUGGGUAUCGGCCUUCAAUUAUGCGAAUCCCCUCGGAGGCAUCGUCGGCGCCCUACUGUCUGGCUGGGCCUACGACCGUCUAGGGCCGCGUCUGAUGAUGACCAUCUGCUCGUCGCUCUCGAUUGCGAUUCUCUUCAUCCAGUUCUUCAGUAGCUCCUCCCCUCAACUGUUUGUCGGUGAGCUCCUCAACGGCAUCACCAUCGCCUUCUAUCCCAUUUGCGCCUCCGCGUACGUGGGCGAGGUGACGCCACUCUCUCUGCGUGGUUUCGCUGCGUCUAUGACCAACUUGGGAUUUGUCGUCGGGCAGCUCAUCGCGUCAGGGAUUCUCAAAGGCACAGAUAGUCUGGACAACAGCUUCGCGUACCGUAUCCCCAUCGCCACGCAGUGGAUCCUCCCCGUCGUGAUCCUGGCAUUCAUCUACUUCUGCCCGGAUCCCCCGUUCUGGCUCUGCAAGAAAGGCCGCUACGAGGCCGCCGAGAAGUCUUUACGCCGACUAGCCACACCUGGCGUCGACGUGAGCCUCAAACUGGCUCAUAUACGGGAGACCUUGCGGCUGGAAGACGUCUUCCAACAGAGCACAGAGAAGCUGAGCCUUCGCAUGAGCUAUCUGACCUGCUUCCGGGGGCCUAACCUCCGUCGACUAGUCAUCUGCGUCAUGGCCUACGACAUGCAGGCCUUCACAGGCAACAUCCUCUUCAUCAACUACGCCGUCUACUUCUUCGAGAUGGCCGGGCUGAACAACUCCAACGCCUUCUCCAUGAACGUCGGCCUAACCGCCAUCGGCUUCCUGGGCACCUGCAUCGCUUGGCCACUGCUCUCGUACGUCGGCCGUCGAGCAGCUUACCUCUGGGGCUGCGCCGGCCUGACCAUCGCCCUCUUCGUCAUCGGCGCCCUAGAUCUCGCCCCCAGAACAAGCACCACCGCCCCCGUCUGGGCCCAGUGCGCGCUCAUCCUCGUCUGCAACUUCAUCUACGACCUCACCGUCGGUCCGUUCUGCUUCGUGCUGCUGGCUGAGGUCUCCUCUGCGAAGCUGCGCAGCGUGACUAUCGCCUUGGCCACUGUGACCUGCCAUAUCAUGUCGCUGGUCUUCUCGGUGGUUAUCCCCUACGCGAUGAACGAGGACGAGGGCAACUGGCGCGGAAAGCUUGGGUUUUUGUUCUCGGGUCUGAGUCUGCUGUGUACGGUUUAUUGCUUCUUUUGUCUCCCUGAGACGAAGGGACGGACGUUCGAGGAGCUGGAUAUUCUGUUUGAGAGGAGGGUGUCGAGUCGCGGGUUUGAGAAGUAUGUGGUUGAUGUGGCGGAACAUAGUGGUCGGCGAGAGGUGUAG